UCGACGUGGGUUAUCAGCAACGGACACGCUGAAUGAGAUGAAAGACACGUACGGAGAUGAGUGUUUGUGUUUUCGUUGACAUAAAAAGUUUGAAGACGGUCGGAAGUCUGCUAAAGUUCUCCCAAAGUCUGGUCGGCCUUUGAAAAGUGUUUACACAGUGUGCUAUUCAUGGUUGCCAAGUGUUUCUGGUAAAAUGAUGUAUCAAAACGUAUUUUAAGUGACAACUUUUGGCAAGCGAAAAGUUUCAAUAAAAACCGUAAGGAUUGCAGAAUGGGGAAUGCAAUUUCUACAAUUUCUUAUCGAGUAACUAUGGCAAUUGCUUCCAUUGCUGCCAUGAUUUCGCAGCUCCCUGGACCUGUACAGGCCCUUGUUCCAGCCGUCGUAUCGGAAUUAGCUGUUUCAAUAAAUCCAGUCGGAAGGAUACUCUUAAUAGCUGAUUUCGUCAGAAGGCAUGUCCCUUGGAACAGGCUAUGGGAAUUCGUGCAAGACAUAUUUUCUCGGACCGAGGACCGCAUAUCACGUUAUUCACAUCUAGUCAGCAGGGCGAUCGAAGGACCCGGAAGCAACUCCCGAUGAUCGUUAGGGAUGAUACAAGUUCCUUGACGUGACAUGCCCGCCAUGCAGGUGUUCUGUGAUCUGGACGAUAUUUAAUUUUUUUUACCCGAAUAUCAUCAUAGUUUUAGAUUUCUGUGCUAAUUUUUUCAAUUAUUUCGAUGUAUAAAAAUUAAAAAUAAAAUAAUGCGAUUUUGAUUUAAUUCAA